AUGGGAGGGGAGAUGGACACGCUGCUCCACCCCACCCCUGCAGGCUUGGUGUGGGUAGGGGAACUUCCUGUUUCUGAGGGAAUGUGGGAAAAUUGCCCUUUGGGCUGGGUGAAGAAAGAAGCAAGUAGAACUCUGGGACCCCUGGACUUCCUCCUCCAGAGGAAGCAGCUUUGGUUAUGGGCCAGUAAGCCUGUGCGUCUCCAGCCCUAGGGCAUUCACCGCUUCGGAGAAGCAGGGCAACGGUUCUGCCAGAUGAGGGGAUCCAGGCUGACUGGAGGAAGGAAGUGCCUUAUCUCAUCUGGGCUCAGGUUUGGGAGAGAAGGCUGCUCAGAGGAGGUGCUGCCUCAACCAGUCUUAAAGGCAAUGCAGUGUGCAGAGGGCGCUUGCUUGUUCUCUCCUGAUGGCCCCGCCGGGUCUGGAGCCUCCAUCUGGCCAGCAGAGGGCGCAGAAGGACUGCCUGGGCCGCUUGGACGCGACUGCCUGGAAGUGGUUAGAGUUCCUGACAAGGUUCCUGGCCAAAACGGGUCCCGCGGCCCACUUGUGUGCAACAUAGCAGGAAAAUCUGUGUGCUCCGAGGAGAAUGCAAAGCCUGGUGGAUGUACUGCCUUUCCUCUGCUGCUCUCUCGGCUGGGGGCAAGAAUGACAGGACGUGAACAUGCACACAAGGGCCCGGAACUCACGACCCUCCACAGAGGCCCCCCUACUCCUGGGCUUGCAGGAUUUGGGGCACAGCACAGCCCACCCCUUGGGACCAGCACCCCCUCCCCAGUCCUGCUCUCUGCAGCAACAUAG